AUGUAUUCGGUUGAGUGGCAAAAGCGAGGAUUACCUCAUGCACACAUUUUGGUUUGGUUCAUCGACAAAAUCCGUCCUGAAGAAAUCGAUAGUAUCAUUUCUGCGGAAAUUCCAGAUCCAUCCACUGACCAACUGCUGUUUGAUAUUGUUACAACAAACAUGAUUCAUGGUCCAUGUGGUACUCUUAAUAGUUCAUUGCCUUGCAUGGCUGAUGGGAAAUGUACUAAAAAUUUCCCUAAAGAUUUUACCAAUGAUACGGUCACAAAUGUCGACGGAUACCCAAUAUAUCGUCGAAGAAAUCCUGAAAAUGGCGGACAAUCGUUUAUUAAAAAUAUCAUCAACACAGACAUUGAUAUUGACAAUCGUUGGGUGGUGCCAUAUUCGCCUCUGCUGAGCAAGACAUAUAAUGCUCAUAUUAAUGUUGAGUUCUGCAGUUCUGUGAAGAGCAUCAAAUACAUUUGCAAGUAUGUCCAUAAAGGCAGUGAUAUGGCUGUGUUUAGAGUGGAAAAUACUAAUGUGAAUGCUCCUCCAGUGAAUAAAAACGAUGAAAUAACGCUCUACCAAAUUGGUCGGUACAUCAGCUCCAAUGAAGCUGUUUGGCGUAUCUUUGGUUUUCCAAUUCAUGAACGGGAUCCAGCAGUUGUUCAGUUAGCCAUCCAUCUUGAAAACGGUCAGCGUGUAUUUUUCACGAACGAGACAGCGAUUGAUCGUGCAAUAAAUCCAUCUAAAACUACACUCACUGCAUUUUUUGAAUUGUGUAAUCGUGCGGAUGAUUUUGGUGCCUUUGCACGAACAUUACUCUAUUCACAAGUACCACGCUAUUUCACAUGGACUCAAACAAAAACAUGGAUGCCCCGCAAGCAAGGCUCACCAGUUGCUGCAUGUCUCAAUUUAUUUAAAUCAAACGCCUUGGGGCGAUUAUUUACAGUCAAUCCAAGACACACGGAGUGCUUUUAUCUUCGACUGUUGUUGGUUAAUGUUACUGGCCCAUUAUCAUUUCAAGAUAUACGUAAAGUGAAUGGGCAACAAUAUCCAACGUAUAAAGAUGCAUGCCUUGCACUCGGCUUGCUGGAAGACGACAACCAGUGGGAAUGCAUGCUUGCUGAAGCUGCAUUGAACUGUACAGCAAUACAAAUUCGUCUACUAUUCGCUAUAGUGUUGACUAUAUGUUUCCCAGCCCGAGCACAGAUAUUAUGGGAAAAUCACAAAGAUUCAAUGACUGAUGAUAUAUUGCAUCAACAUCGUAUACGGUGCCACGAUCUAACCAUAACAUUCAGCGACGAAAUGUACAAUGAAGCAUUGAUUGCUAUUGAGGAUCUUUGCAUUGUCAUUGCCAACUUACCACUUAGUAAUUUCGGUAUGAAUUCGCCAAAUCGAACUGCAUCUGAUUUAAUGAAUACUGAAAUGAAUCGUGAACUGCAGUACAGUUCUGUAGAAAUGGCAGCGAUUGUUGCCCGCAACGUCCCACUAAUGAAUGAGGAACAAAGAACCAUUUAUGAUCGCAUUAUGCUCGCAGUUUCAGCUGGACAAGGUGGGUUCUUCUUUUUGGAUGCACCGGGUGGAACUGGCAAAACAUUCGUUAUUUCGCUAAUUCUUGCUGAAAUACGAUCAAAUAAUGGCAUCGCAUUGGCCGUUGCAUCAUUGGGCAUUGCAGCAACUUUAUUGGAUGGAGGUAGAACAGCUCAUUCAGUGAUUUCAGACAAACACUUCCAGUCAUUUCACGUUCAACAUACGCUGAUGAGAUCAACGCUUUCUUAA